AUGGAAGGGAUUUUCUUUCAGUCCUUACAUGGGAUGCCAAUUAUGCGACUGAUCUCAUUGCUAAUAAUAGUUUUAGAGCUAGUGCUUGUAUUACCAAUUAGCAUAUCAUCAACAACAGCAGCAGCACAUGAUCAUCAAGCCCUCCUGCCUCAGGCCUUGCUUGGCUGCUCUGACCGCUGUGGUAAUCUCACAAUUCCAUAUCCAUUUGGCAUGGCUCCAGGUUGCUACCGCGGCCCUGAGUUCUUCAUCAACUGUACUACUACUCACGAAGACGAAAACCCGGUACCAUAUUUGACAAAGAUAUCAGGCAGUGCUUAUGAUCUCAUUCAGCUCCGCAUCACUAACAUCUCUCUUGAGGAGGGUGAUAUGCAUGUUUUGCAGCCUGUCACUCGAUCUUGCGGUGAAGAUCAGAAUGACACUGACGGUGUGCUCCUCCUGCCCCCUCCUUUCACCUUCUCUGAAGACAAAAACUAUUUAUUCGCCGUUGGAUGUGGCAUUGUUGCAGUAUUUCAAGGUUCCCGUCCAGGCCAAGGCCUAGAUGGAAACACUACCUUGCCCCAUAUAAAUCGCUAUUGCGUCACCUAUUGUGACGACAGUUCUGAUGGAAAUAACACUGACCCAGUAAUUAACGACGACUCUUGCUCUGGCUUUGCCUGUUCCCUAGCUCAACUCCCUGGAGGAGUGCAAAAUCUUACUGUGAUGUUUACUCCCGUUAGUAAUAUUAGUCGAGCUCGACAUAGAAAAUGGUACACUAAGUACCCGUGCAGGUACGCCUUUCUUGUGGAACAAAGCAAGUUCACAUUCUCCCCUGGAACGAGUUUUGAGCAACUCAACAACACAAGCCACCUUCCAGUGGUUGUCAAUUGGGAAAUUGGGGGUCAUGGGACAUGUGAUGCUGCUCGAAAGAGCAAGAAGGACUUUGCUUGCAAGGGAAAUAGCAAGUGUGUGGAUUGGCCUAAUGAUAACAUCCAUGGCUCUACAGGUUACAUUUGCAAGUGCAACAAAGGUUACCAAGGGAACCCAUACCAUCCAGAUGGCUGCCAAGAUAUUGAUGAGUGCAAGUCAAAUCCCUGCCCUGUCGGAAAGUGCAUAAAUACACCUGGGAGUCACUCUUGUUUAUGUCCCAAUGGCACCAAAGAAAGAAGUUGUAAAGAGAAAUCAAAGACCCUUCUCAUGGUUAUGGGUAUUGCAGGUAUCAGUCUAAUCUUGGUUUUACUUGUUGGAAGUUCGAGUUACAUAUGUUGGGGAAUGAAGCAACGAAAGUACAUCAGACUCAAGGAAAAGUACUUUCUAGAAAAUGGCGGUUUGUUGUUACAGCAACAGCUUGCUCAUCAUGGAGGUGAGGCAACCAGAAUCUUUACUGCAGUGGAACUUGAAAAGGCUACAAACAAUUACCAUGAUAGUAGAGUCCUUGGCAGAGGAGCUUAUGGAGUAGUUUACAAAGGAAUAUUACCAGAUAACAGAACCGUUGCCAUAAAAAAGUCGAAAGUUGCUGCCCCAACUCAGAGUGAGCAGUUUGCUAAUGAGUUGACUGUUCUUUCUCAAAUCAAUCAUAAAAAUGUGGUGAGGCUAUUAGGCUGUUGUUUAGAGGCAGAAGUGCCUUUACUAGUUUACGAGUUCAUCACCAAUGACACUCUUUUUGAGCACCUUCAUGGUAAACAAAAGAAAGGAUCAUCGUUUGUAUGGGAAUUACGUUUGAAGAUCGCAGCAGAAACUGCUGGAGCACUAGCAUACUUGCAUUCCUCCACUUUCAUGCAAAUCAUACACAGAGAUGUGAAAGCUAUGAACAUACUAUUAGAUGAUAAUUAUACAGCAAAAGUGUCAGACUUUGGAGCUUCAGUAUUGAUUCCUCUAGAUCAAACUCAAAUAAAAACUUUGGUGCAAGGGACAUUCGGAUACUUAGACCCCGAAUAUCUUCAUUCAAACCAACUAACAGAAAAGAGCGAUGUUUAUAGCUUUGGAGUUGUCCUAGCAGAGCUACUGACAAGAAAAGUGGCAUUUUCUUAUGAUAGGCCCGAGGCAGAGAGAAGUCUAGCAAGACUUUUUGUUUGUGCAAUGGAAGAAGAGCGCUUGGAUCAUAUUCUUGAUGGUGACAUUGUCACUGAAGGAAAUAUUGAGACAGUAAGAAAUGUGGCUCAUCUCGCGGAAAAAUGUUUAAUGUUACAAGGGGAGGAAAGACCUACAAUGAAAGAAGUAGCUAUAGAGCUAGAGGGAAUUAUGAGAACUAUGGCAAACCACCAUCCACAGGGAAACAAUAGAAAUGUAGGAUCUGGUUAUGCUAUUGCUAUUGCAGCUCGCAGCAACCAACAUACUGCUGAAGCAGAUCAAGCCCUCUUGCCUCAAGCCCUGCAUGGCUGCUCCGACCACUGCGGUAAUGUCACAAUUCCAUAUCCAUUUGGCAUGGCUAAAGGUUGUUACUGGGGACCUGAGUUCUUUAUCAAUUGUACUACAGGUACCACUCCCGACGAAGAACCAAUACCAUAUUUGACAAAGAGAUCAGGCACUGAUAAUCUCAUUCAAAUCCACGUUACUAAAAUCUCUCUUAAGGGUGAGUUGCAUGUUUUGCAGCCCAUAACCCGAGCUUGCGAUGCAGAUCUGAAUGUCGGUUUGGAAACUGAUCUCCCCCUGCCCCCUCCUUUCACCUUCUCCAAUACCAAAAACAAUUUUUUCACCAUUGGUUGUGGCUCUUCAGGAAAUCUUUUAGGCUUCCGUCCAGGCCUUGGCCUAGAUGGACACACCUUGUCCAAUAUCCAUCGCUAUUGCUUCACCUUUUGUGAUGAUAAUUCUUCUGGCAAUGACACCGACCUAGUAAUUACUGACGACUCUUGCUCUGGCUUUGCCUGUUCCCUGUCUUCACUCCCUAGUGGGGUGCAAUAUAUUUCUAUUAUAUUGAGUCGCAGUAUGCCUACCAACUGGUACUCUAGCUACCCAUGUAGGUAUGCCUUCCUUGCUGAAAAAAGCGAGUUCACAUUCUCCCCAAACACAAGUUUUCAGCAACUCAGCAACACAAGUCACCUUCCAGUUGUUGUCAAUUGGGAAAUUGGGGAUCAUGGUCCAUGUGAUUUAGAACAAAGGAGCAAGCACGCUGACUUUGCUUGCAAGGGAAACAGCACAUGCAUAAAUUGGCCCAAUGUCAUCCGGCCUACAGGUUACAUUUGCCAGUGCAAGGAAGGUUACCAAGGAAACCCAUACCUUCCAGAUGGUUGCCAAGAUAUCGAUGAGUGCAAGUCAAACCCCUGCUCUGCUGGAAGUUGUGUAAAUACACCUGGGAAUUACUCUUGUAUAUGUCCCAAUGGCAUGAAAGGAAGAAGUUGCAAAGAUAAAUCAAAGACGAUUGUUUUCAUUGUUAUGGGUAUUGUCAUCUUAGCUUUACUGGUUGGAAGUUCAUGCUCUAUAUAUUGGGGGAUAAAGCAGCGAAGGUACAUCAAACUCAAAGAAAAGUACUUUCAAGACAAUGGUGGUUUAUUGUUGCAACAAAAGCUUGCUAAUCAUGGGGUUGAGACAACCAGAAUCUUUUGUGCAGAAGAACUUGAAAAGGCCACAAACAAUUACGAUGACGGCAGGGUCCUUGGCAAAGGAUCUUAUGGAAUAGUUUACAAAGGAAUUUUACCAAAUAACAGAACUGUUGCCAUUAAGAAGUCCAAAAUUGGUGCUCCAACCCAGAGUGAGCAGUUUGUUAAUGAGUUGGUUGUUCUUUCUGAAAUCAACCACAGAAAUGUGGUGAGGCUGUUAGGUUGUUGUUUAGAGACAGAAGUGCCGGUACUAGUUUACGAGUUCAUCACCAACGGCACUCUUUUUGAGCAUGUUCAUGGUAAAGAGAACAAAAGAUUAUCGCUUACAUGGGAAUUACGAUUGAAGGUUGCCGCAGAAACUGCAGGAGCUCUAGCAUAUUUACACUUCUCCACUUUCAUGCAAAUCAUACACCGAGAUGUUAAAGCCAUGAAUAUACUUUUAGAUGAAAAUUACACGGCAAAAGUGUCAGACUUUGGAGCUUCAGUAUUGAUUCCUCUAGAUCAACUUGAAAUUGUAACUUUCGUGGAGGGAACACUUGGAUACUUAGACCCUGCAUAUCUCCAAUCGAACCAACUAACAGAAAAGAGUGAUGUUUAUAGCUUUGGAGUUGUGCUAGCAGAACUAUUGACAAGCAAAGUGGCAUUUUCGUACGAUAGGCCUGAGUCAGAGAGAAGCCUAGCAAGAAUGUUUGUUUGUGCAGUAGAAGAAGAGCGCCUAAAUCAUAUUCUUGAUGGUGACAUAGUCAGUGAAGGAAAUAUUGAGACAGUAAGAAAUGUGGCCCGUCUCGCAAAAAGGUGUCUAAAGUUAAAAGGGGAGGAAAGGCCUACAAUGAGAGAAGUAGCUACAGAGCUUGAGGGAAUGAGAAUUAUGGCAAAUCAUCCAUGGGGAACCAAUGCUGAUGACGAUUUGGGUCCCGAAGAUCAGGCUUCCCUUUCACUGGGGUCACCUUCAAACACUGCCGAUGAUGACUUUAGAGGUGAUUGUGGUCCUUGUACCACAAUUACUACUGGUACAACUAGCAGGAGUAUUUAG